ACCCAAGGAGGGGAACUUGUUGCAUAUGAGCAACCCUCCCCCUCAAUGGCUGUUGCUUUAACCUCGGGAGCUUCUUCCUCCUCCGACGCUGCUGAUGUGGUCGAUCCACUCGAGUAUCUUCAUCUCGCCGGCAUGGUCAGAGCGAUCCGAUCAUCCCACGAUGAUCUUGAAUGGGUCGAUCGUGAAUCCAAUCCCGGUCCACAGUUUCAGACGGGAGAAAUUGAUGUAUUACGAACACUUAAGCAGCUGGAUAUCGGUGUUCCGAUCCCGGUGGGACAUUUGCUCACCAUCUCCGAAGCUGCAAAUGAUAAACUCCUGCAACAUUGCCAGAAAAAUCAAAAGCGCUUCACAUACCAGAGAGUACAGCGAAUGUUGAAGGAGAAGGAAGGAGGCCAGGAGGUUGCACCAUCGAAACCUGAAACAGGUGAAUCCGAAGCAGCACGAGUAGCUGCAAUUUCGUUGGCAGAGAAGGAUCACUUCAUACGAGCUCGACCAGUGUUGUGGAAAAGCGCUGAGUGCGAUUGUGAAGUUUGGGGCAAACUGUUUAACGCCCUUAUCGAUACUGGGUCUUCCGCAGUGGCCAUAUAUUUAGACACAGUAACUUGGACGCGGACCAGCGAGCAUCCCGCGUGUCUCGAAAAUCUGGAAUUGCUGAUCAUACAAGCUUGGAGGACUAACGUGGAAGGUGAUCUCCUCGGGUUUCUCUUCGGAUCGGUGCGGUCGGGACAUCGCCAGCUAAUCACUCAAGAACUCGUCGCGCCGAUCGUGCAACUGGCGGACGAUCUCUCUCUUGACAUUGUUUCGCAAAGUGACAACAGCCCCGCUCCGCACGUACUAAUGCGAACGUUGGAUCUGUAUCUUCAGUGGAGUGCAUGCUUGGAAGAGCCUGGGGACGAAGACUCUCUGCCGUCGCGGCAGGAGUAUCUGAAGCCAUACGACAUCAUCAAUCAUGCUUUCUAUCCAAAGGUGGAGGAGGUGGCGAUAGAAGAGGAGGAAAGUGAUGACGAUGAGGAGACAUCGGAAGAGGGAAGCUAUAGCGAGUAUAUCGAGGGCGAGCAGAGCGAAGAAGAAGAAGAGGAAGAAGAAACAGGGUCUUAGUGGGAAGCCUUGCCGGAGCAAGCGGCGCGUACUGGCGCGGAGGCGGAAGAUCCUGAGCCAGCACGCAAGCGAGAAGA